GGCGGGGCCCGCGGCAGGGGCCGGGCCUUUCUGGGAUCUCGUGGUGGGGCGGGGUGGGGCCGGUGGCCCCGCGCGGCUCGGCGCCCUGGGGCCCUGGAGCGCCGGGGUUUAUAGCGCGCCCGCUGGGGAGGCGGCUGUAGCGGAGAGGCGUGCGGGAUCGGGAUGUCGGGGCUGCCCACGGACCGGGAGCAGAGAGCACAGGAGCCGCAGCAAGCUGGCUUCGUGCUGGGGCUGGACGUGGGCAGUUCUGUGAUCCGCUGCCACGUCUAUGACCGAGCGGCGCGGGUCUGCGGCUCCAGCGCGCAGAAGGUAGAAAGUCUGUAUCCUCAAAUUGGCUGGGUAGAAAUUGAUCCUGAUGUUCUUUGGAUUCAAUUUGUUACCGUAAUAAAAGAAGCAGUUAAAGCUGCAGGAAUACAGAUGAGUCAAAUUGUUGGUCUUGGCAUUUCAACACAGAGAGCAACUUUUAUUACGUGGAACAAGAAAACUGGAAAUCAUUUUCACAACUUUAUAAGUUGGCAAGACUUAAGAGCUGUUGAACUUGUAAAAUCUUGGAAUAAUUCUCUUAUAAUGAAGCUAUUUCACAGUUCUUGCCGAGUGCUUCACUUUUUCACUAGAAGUAAACGACUGUUUUCAGCCAGUUUGUUCACUUUCACAAGCCAGCAGACUUCUUUGAGAUUGGUCUGGAUUUUACAGAACUUGAUUGAGGUGCGAAAGGCAGUUGAGGAAGAAAAUUGCUGCUUUGGAACUGUUGAUACCUGGCUGUUAUAUAAGCUCACAAAAGGUUCUGUAUAUGCCACAGAUUUUUCAAAUGCUAGUACAACUGGACUUUUUGACCCAUAUAAGAUGUGUUGGAGUGGGAUCAUUACCUCUCUAAUUUCGAUACCACUUUCUCUCCUACCUCCUGUGAGGGAUACAAGCCACAAUUUUGGAUCAGUGGAUGAAGAGAUAUUUGGUGUGCCUAUACCAAUAGUUGCCUUGGUUGCCGACCAGCAAUCAGCCAUGUUUGGAGAGUGCUGCUUCCAGACAGGUGAUGUGAAAUUAACCAUGGGAACUGGGACAUUUUUGGAUAUUAACACUGGAAAUAGCCUUCAACAGACUGUUGGAGGCUUUUAUCCAUUAAUUGGGUGGAAGAUUGGGCAAGAAGUCGUAUGCUUAGCUGAAAGCAAUGCAGGAGACACUGGUACUGCCAUAAAAUGGGCUCAACAGUUAGACCUUUUCACAGAUGCUGCUGAGACUGAAAAAAUGGCCAAAAGUUUGGAGGAUUCUGAAGGAGUUUGUUUUGUUCCAUCUUUUAGUGGAUUACAGGGUCCGUUAAAUGACCCCUGGGCAUGUGCCUCCUUCAUGGGUUUGAAGCCUUCCACGAGUAAAUACCAUCUCGUACGAGCAAUAUUGGAGUCAAUAGCUUUCAGAAACAAACAGUUAUAUGAGAUGAUGCAGAAGGAGAUUCAUAUUCCUGUAACAAAAAUCCGGGCAGAUGGAGGAGUUUGUAAGAACAGUUUUAUCAUGCAGAUGACUUCAGACCUGAUUAAUGAGAAUAUAGACAGACCUGCUGACGUUGACAUGUCGUGCCUAGGGGCAGCUUCUCUAGCUGGCCUUGCUGUUGGGUUUUGGACUGACAAGGAGGAACUAAAGAAACUGAGACAAAGUGAAGUGGUUUUCAAGCCACAGAAGAAAUGCCAAGAAUAUGAAAAGAGUAUGGAAGACUGGGCCAAAGCAGUGAAACGCUCCAUGAAUUGGUAUAACAAGACAUAGCACUAAAUGAAAUGACCAAAGCCAUGGAUGGCUGCUUUAUGUGAUGUGCAGAUGAGAUGAAGCUCAGGGAUAACCAAUAUGACAAUGACUGAGAGGAGAAAAUUUUAAAUAAGUUUCAUAACUUAAGAGAAGAAGCAUUACUUUUAAAAAAACAAAACAAAAAACUCUUAUUUUUUCCCCUAAAUCGUGGUAGGGCAGCAAUACCUCAAAACUUUAUGUCUUCUAUUUUGUAGCAAAUUCCAAAGGACAUUAGUCAUUUCCAACCAUAUUUUGACAGUUAUGGGUCUGCUUCCUUUUUAUCCUGGGUCAGUGGUACAUAGGAACAUAAUUAUUUACCAUGCAAGCUAAUAGUUCUGGGUCAAGCACCAUGCACGUAUUGUUCCAAAAUUAUGUGAAACGUAUUUCUUUAAUUCUUUAAAAUUAAGUGAGCUAUUUGAAGCACUUAUAGCUAAAAAGAAAGAAUAGAAAAUGUGGAAUUUCGAAACAUUAAUAUUUUAUGUUUAAAGCCAUAAUUUUCUAAUAUAUCCAAAUAUGAGCUUAAUAUGUCCCUCUCAGAUAAGCUUAUGAGUUAGUUAAUGCUUUCCUUUACUGGUCUUAAAGACACUGCCUUAAUUUUUCCUUGUUUAACCAAAAUCUGAGCAUUCUUUCUAUGUUGAAAUCAUUGAAAAACUAAUUUUAGUUAAUGAACUAAAAAGAAUAUUGAUUUUUAAGAAACAGAAAAACACUACUUAUUUUCUUUCUUAAAUAACAUUUAUUUCAAAAACUUCUGGCUGAAGUAUAACAUGCUGGUAGGUAAGGUAAAUCUUGCCUUUCUCUUGUUCUUUAUCUUCCUUCAUAGUUUAGAUGCUUGUAUAAAUAAUGUAUUUCAUUUUUAUUAAGUGCCUGAUUGACAGAACUUAAUUUGAAGAAAGUGCCCUAAUUUAUUGACCACUUAAGAAUUGCCUUUAUUGGGAUUUUUUUUUUUGUUCCUGCAUCUCUUUGAUGUUUGCUCAGUCUGCUCAUCUCUCUCAGUAUGUGCGGUAGAUAGCUGAGAGAGAGGAGGAAAGUGUGUCUAUGCUCGGGAUUACCCUUCAGUCACUCAGCCAGAGACCCACAGGGAGCAGCAAGGACAGUCUCACAUUCUCAGACUUUCCUACAAGAAACAAGAGGAGUAAGUUGUGAGUAGUGUCAAGCUGGAUAUCGAAUUGUCCUAAAGCAGUUGACCCCAUCUUCCAACACGUUUUCACUUUAUUUGCCCCUCCUACAUUUGCGGUAGGUUCCCUUUGGAUCUGCAGCAAUAAUGACUAUUUCUCUCUUGGUCAGGAUUUAUCAAAUAAAAUCCUUUUAUUACAAAACUAGGUAUUCUAGUUACAUAAUAAUGUAACUAAAGGAGAAACUUACAGAGAAUUUUGUUUUUGCUGUCAUAUGUGUCCAUUUUGGAGACAGAUAUGAUAGAACUAGAAGUUAAAUUGCAUUUCUGCAAGUUCCAUUUAAAUGAACUUCAAGUAUCUUAAUUAUUCAAUUUUCUGAUCAAGGCAUUGUAGCAAAUAUAUAGUAUCAUUAUUAAUUAAGAUUUGGAAAUAUUUUUGUUAUUAAUAAAUAGAGGUGUUUUAUUUACUGUAAAAAGCCAAGCCUCAUUACGUAGAUAAAUCUUUUUAUUCUUUCCCCUGUUUGCAUCCUUUCUAUAAAGCUUAGUCACCAAUUAAAGUCUUCCUGUCAGAAUCA